GCGCCCGCCAGGCAUGCUGGAAACUGUAGUACUCCAACCGCCGCCCGCGUUACCUGCGGCCACGCAGCUCCAGCAGCCCACGGCUGGCAUGCGAACCGCCGCCCGCGCCGCCCGCUGCGACCCGCCGGAGAGCACCGCCGCCAUCUUCUGCCCCGGCCUGCCGUGGGCGGAGCGCUGGCGGCCCGACCCCCUCCCCGCCGCCUCCUCCUCCCUCGGCGCCAUGGCUGCUGCCGUGCUCGCGUGGGGCGCGCUGCGGGGUUGGAAGGCCCUCGGCGCCGCGUCAGGUAGAAGAUCUCUUCUUUCUGCAGCAUAUGUGGACAGCUCAAAAUGGGAAAAGAGGCAAAAAGAGGAGCAUAACCUGGCUGAAUUAGCCAACUUAAUGGACAGAACCUAUGAAAGAAAGCUGCCUGUCAGCUCUUUGACAAUAGCUCGGUUUGUUGACAACAUUUCUUCACGAGAGGAAGUGGAUCAAGCCGAAUAUUACCUUUACAAGUUUCGGCAUAGUCCUAAUUGCUGGUACUUGAGAAAUUGGACCAUUCACAGUUGGAUCAGACAAUGCUUAAAAUAUGGUGCACAGGACAAAGCCUUAUACACGUUAAAAAACAAGGUCCAAUAUGGAAUUUUUCCAGAUAAUUUUACGUUCAAUAUUUUGUUGGAUUGUUUUAUAAAACAGAAGAAAUACGAAGAUGCUAUAUCAGUAGUAACAGAGAUCAUGCUGCAAGAAAGUUUUGAUAAGUUGUCGACACAGCUUCUUUCUCUCUAUGUUUUAUACCAGUUCCUAGCAACCAAGUCUGAACAUACGUGGGAAGAGGAGAGAAAUCUCGGUGCAUCACUAGUGCUGACAGGCCUAAAGCAAACAAGCACUGUGGGAUUUAGCUCCCAGCUGUAUGGUUAUGCAUUUCUUGGGAAAGUGGAGUUGAAUAAAGGUCUAAGAGCUGUAUACAACCUAAUGCCAUUGAUGUGGACACCUGGAUACUUAAAUAGAGCCUUGCAGGUGAUGGAGAAUGUAGCUUCUUUGCCAGGAGACAGCAGAAUCUGCCAAGAAGCUAUUGAUGUUCUGGAGACUGUUUUACGGUCUGUCCUUGAAGCAAAACCUGGUCCAGAAUCAUCUGAAGAAGCCAAGGAACUAGAACAGAAGUCAGAGUAUGCAGAAUUGGAAGAAAUGGAGCAGUCUAAAGUACCCAAGUACUACAGCCAAUUCAAGGAGCUGUACUCUAAGCUGCAUUCACUUGGCAAGGUUGAAUCUGAAAGCCUGUUAACCCUGACCACCCAACUCGUCAAGGAAAAGCUGCCAGAAUGUGAAGUGGAAGACAUCGCAACAUAUGAGCUGAAGCUAAAGGAGUGGGAGCAAGAACAUGCAGUUCUCAUUGAGAGAGAAAGAGAAAUGAGAGAAAAAGCUAAGCAGGAACUGGAAGCUAGGAAGCUAGCUAAGGCAUCUGCUUAAUACUGGAAUUCAGACUGCCAUAAUUGUGUGCAUUCCUCUGUAUGUGAACUGAAAUGUUCACUAUUAAUAUUUCACUUAAUUACUGCUGCAAAUGUGACCGUAUGUGACUAUUUACUAUACGCAAAUAAAUCUAUUUCCAUUUUGCCUGUUUGCUGAAGUAAAGCGUGCAUGGUUUAGAAA